CAUUGACUGUAAAUUAUAACUUUACACGAAAGAGAGAGAGAGAGAUCGCCAUGGAAGAAGAGCAGACGAAGAAGCAAAAAGUCUGAAAUCUCCACUGAUUCCGCUGGCGCCACCACCGGGAGAUGGCGGAUCUUUCACGAGGGAUGAGAUUUGGGCGGAGGUGAAAAAGCAACUCCGAUUAGCCGGGCCGCUGAUGACGGUGAAUCUGUUGAUAAACUGUUUGCAAAUGAUAUCGGUCAUGUUCGUCGGGCAUCUCGGCCAGCUCCCUCUCGCCGGCGCUUCCAUGGCUACUUCCUUCGCUUCCGUCACUGGUUUCAGUCUCCUCAACGGAAUGGGCAGUGCAUUAGAGACUUUCUGUGGGCAAUCCUAUGGAGCAAAACAAUAUCAUAUGUUAGGAAUUCACUUGCAAAGAGCCAUGGUUGUUGUUCUUCUCGUCAGCUUCCCUCUUGCCGCCGUCUGGUUUAACGCCGGCGACAUUCUCCGCCUGCUCGGCCAAGAUUCCGAGAUCGCGGCAGAGGCUGGCCACUACGCCCGUUAUAUGAUUCCCAGCAUUUUCGCCUACGCCAUUCAACAGUGCCACGUUCGUUUCCUGCAGACACAGAACAAUGUUCUUCCAAUGGCCGUCAUCGCCGCCGCCACGGCGGUGCUCCACUGCUUUGUGUGUUGGGCUCUGGUUUUCCGGUCGGGGUUGGGGAACCGAGGAGCGGCCUUGGCCAACGCUAUGUCUUACUGGAUAAAUGCGGUGGCGUUGGCUGUUUAUGUUAGAGUUGCGCCGUCGUGCCGGAAGACGUGGACUGGAUUUUCCGGCGAGGCGUUUUGUGGGAUUUUGAACUUCGUCAAACUCGCCAUUCCGUCUGCCGUCAUGCUCAGUUUGGAGAUAUGGUCGUUUGAGAUGGUGGUUUUAUUAUCAGGGCUUCUUCCCAAUCCAAAGCUUGAAACUUCAGUUUUAUCAAUCAGCCUCAAUACAAUCUACAUGAUUUACAUGAUACCCCUUGGAAUCAGUGGUGCAGUGAGCACAAGAGUUUCAAAUGAACUUGGAGCAGGGAGAGCAAAGGUUGCCAUCUUAGCAGGACGAGUUGCAAUGGGGACGGUGGCCACAGAAGGCACAGUGGCAGCCAUUAUCAUCGUUAUUGGCAGAAGAUUAUGGGGUUACUGUUACAGUACUGAUGAGACCGUGGUUGGAUAUUUGGCUAAAAUAUUGAUUUUUCUUGCGAUUUUGCACAUCUUUGAUGGAAUUCAAUCCAUUUUCUCAGGUAUCACAAGAGGAUGUGGAAGGCAGAAGAUUGGUGCUUUUAUUAACUUGGGAGCUUAUUAUCUUGUGGGCAUCCCUAUGGCUAUCUUUUUAGCCUUCUUUCAAGGCAUUGGAGGAAAGGGUCUAUGGAUGGGAAUCAUAAUGGGUGUCUUUACACAAGCUUUAUUUCUUGGGAUCUUGAUUCUAUGCACCAAUUGGGAUAAAGAAGUCAAGAAAGCGGCUGAUAGAGUUACCAGCUCUAUGCCAGAAAAUCUAUUGGAAUGAUACAAUCAAAUAUUAAUAGAUAGUCUCCAAAUUUAGGAUAAUCCCAAUGGUUAGAUGCCAUAAUCUACUAUAUUGUUAUACUUGAAUCGACUCUUAUGUCGUCAUAUUUGUAUUCAACAUUCUAAAAUUAAAAUGAAUUUAUAGCCCUAUAUA